GUCACACGGACUCAACGCUAGCAGAAGAAAAACAGUCUCUUGGGGAAAGCAACAAUCGAUGUUUCAUGCAUCUCUGUCCACAGAAUAUGUUGAUUGACAAGCCCGUCGUCUAAUCAAAUCGAAUCGUCGACCAUGAUUGCAACAGGGGGCCUCCUGCGUAUAAACCGGCGCCAGGACUCCCAGCACUCUAAGAACCAAGCUGAGAACAAGAGGAAGAGGAAACAAGCCAAGAGAAAGAAGAACGAUGUAGUGGUGGUGAAGGGGAAACUCAACCUGUGUUCCCCGCCUGGGCUGGUGGCUGCGGUGGGACUGGUGGUGUUGAUGGUUGGGAUAGCCAUGGCUGUACUGGGCUACUGGCCACAUGAAGGCCACAGCCAGGGGAAGGCAUCCGGGGUAUCACCAGGGGAGGAGCGGAGAGACAACGGCAGGAUGAGCUACUCCAAGAGCCCCCUGGUGUCUGUCACCUGGAGCAAUAACAAGGAUAACAACACAGCCAACCUGACUGUUGAGGAGUUGACCAACCAGACUGUUGAGGAGUUGACCAACCAGACUGUUGGGGAGUUGACCAACCAGACUGUUGAGGAGUUGACCAACCAGACUGUUGAGGAGUUGACCAACCAGACCGUAGGGGAGUUGACCAACCAGACUGUUGGGGAGUUGACCAACCAGACUGUUGAGGAGUUGACCAACCAGACUGUUGAGGAGUUGACCAACCAGACUGUUGAGGAGUUGACCAACCAGACCGUUGAGGAGUUGACCAACCAGACUGUUGAGGAGUUGACCAACCAGACUGUUGAGGAGUUGACCAACCAGACGAGUGUCGAGUUGACGAGCCAGACUGUUGGGGAGUUGACGAGCCAGACUGUUGAGGAGUUGACCAACCAGACUGUUGAGGAGUUGACCAACCAGACUGUUGAGGAGUUGACCAACCAGACCGUAGGGGAGUUGACCAACCAGACUGUUGAGGAGUUGACCAACCAGACGAGUGUCGAGUUGACCAACCAGACUGUUGGGGAGUUGACCAACCAGACGAGUGUCGAGUUGACGAGCCAGACUGUUGGGGAGUUGACCAAACAGACGAGUGGCGAGUUGACCAACCAGACUGUUGAGGAGUUGACCAACCAGACUGUUGAGGAGUUGACCAACCAGACUGUUGGGGAGUUGACGAGCCAGACUGUUGGGGAGUUGACGAGCCAGACUGUUGGGGAGUUGACGAGCCAGACUGUUGGGGAGUUGACGAGCCAGACUGUUGGGGAGUUGACGAGCCAGACUGUUGGGGAGUUGACGAGCCAGACUGUUGGGGAGUUGACGAGCCAGACUGUUGGGGAGUUGACGAGCCAGACUGUUGGGGAGUUGACGAGCCAGACUGUUGGGGAGUUGACGAGCCAGACUGUUGGGGAGUUGACGAGCCAGACUGUUGGGGAGUUGACGAGCCAGACUGUUGAGGAGUUGACCAACCAGACUGUUGGGGAGUUGACGAGCCAGACUGUUGGGGAGUUGACGAGCCAGACUGUUGGGGAGUUGACGAGCCAGACUGUUGGGGAGUUGACGAGCCAGACUGUUGAGGAGUUGACCAACCAGACUGUUGGGGAGUUGACGAGCCAGACUGUUGGGGAGUUGACGAGCCAGACUGUUGGGGAGUUGACGAGCCAGACUGUUGGGGAGUUGACGAGCCAGACUGUUGGGGAGUUGACGAGCCAGACUGUUGGGGAGUUGACGAGCCAGACUGUUGGGGAGUUGACGAGCCAGACUAGUGUUGUUGUCAAUGGAAGUUUAUCUGUACUUGUAUCUGGUAAUGGUAGUGUACUUGUAUCUGGUAGUGGUAGUGUACUUGUAUCUGGUAAUGGUAGUGUACUUGUAUCUGGUAGUGGUAGUGUACUUGUAUCGAUAUCUACCCCUCCUCCUCCUAUACCCUCAGGUAGGUUAUUUUUUACUAAGAUAUUUUUACUUACAAGACAAAACAUUCAUCAGGUUGUUCAUUCUGUCUACUUUGCAAAGAUCCUCUCGCUCUUAUCUUGGUCAGGUCAUUAUUGUAAAAGAAAAUGUGUUCUCAGUGACUAACUUGGUUAAAUAAGGGGUAGUCAUUUUCCUCCCCCCUCCAUCUUCUUCCCAUCCUUCAGGUGGGUUGCUCUCUGAGUUCUUGGACAACUAUCUGUCCUCAGACCACCUGAAGGUGUUCGGGCCCUUAGUCAUGGGGAUAGGCAUAUUUAUCUUCAUCUGUGCAAACGCCGUGCUUCACGAGAACAGAGACAUGAAGACCAAAGUCAUCAACCUUAGAGAUAUCUACUCCACGGUCAUCGACCUCCACAGCACACGGACCAAGGAAUACUCGCCGAGUAACGGACUGGUCAACUACGUGCAGUCCAGAGGGUCUUUCAACCCCGGUAGAACGCUAGAGCUUGAUGGCAGCUCCUGGCUUUCCAACACCGGGUCCAGCCACCAGGGGGAGUC